UUCCAUACGAGCAUAUACACAGAAAACAUCAGCGCUAAAUUGUAAAACCCUUCGAAAUCUCAAAACCCCCGCACGACUACACAAACCUUCUAAAAUCUCCACCACCAGAAACAUGUCCGCCGCCAGGUCCGUCCUCCGUUCCGCCGCAUCCCGAGCGACCGCUGCGACUAAACUCGCCGCCGGACCCAAGGCAGUGCCGCGACCCGCUUGCUCUCCCUUUCGGGUCUCCAAGCAAAGCCCGCUCUCUUCUCGCAUUUUCAGGUCACCGGUGGAGAUGAGCUGCUGUGUGGAAACCAUUUUGCCGUAUCACACAGCCACUGCUUCGGCUUUGCUGACUUCGAUGCUGUCCGUCUCUCGACGGAGCUCCGGUUGGGCCCCUGAAGGGCAAGACAAGACUAGAUGAAGGCAAGCACAGAGGGAGUGGCUUGUAUUAGAACUCAUUGUUAAACUUUGGGAACUGAAACUGAAUUUUUCUUUAGUAGUUUAGUUGGGGAGAUCAUCUUUCUGAAUUAAUGUAAAAAGACAAGAGGUUGAAUGCUAUGUCUUGUAAUUUCUUUGGUUUAGAGAUUACCGAUGAAAUCUUGUUCAAAUAGUUUUUAAACAAGUUAGCUAAUCGAUCCUGAAAUUACUGUUAAACUUCUGAAAAUUGGAAUCAAUUUAUGUAGCUUGCUAUUGUGUUUGUUUGUUUUCUGGAUGUUUAGACUUAAUUAAAAAUAUGCAUUUUAUGGA